AUGUCGUGUGAAGCCCAAACCCACCCGGGCUGCGGUGGGAUUCCCGAAGGCCUGGCUUCAACGCAGCUGCUGAUGGACAAGCCCAUGUAUCAUAAAAAGGCCAUUGUUCAUGGCCACCCUGACGGAGAAAUGCAUGCUGCUAACAACCGGCCACUUUCGUCAGCUGAGCUGACAACACACUGCCGAUGUUUUUUCUCUCUCCAGAAUACCUUGGCGAAGGCGCUAUACGACAACAAAGCGGAGUGCUCAGAUGAGCUGGCCUUCCGCAAAGGAGACAUCCUGACGGUUCUGGACCAAAACGUCAUUGGCAGUGAGGGCUGGUGGAAAUGCUCCCUCCAUGGCAGGCAGGGCCUGGCCCCGGCUAACCGCCUCCAGCUCCUCGCCGCCUCUCAAGCCGUCCUGCUGCCUCCUUCUGCCCAGAGCGACUCCGCAGAGUCGCCAGCGGGCCAGCAAAACAUCUACCAGGUUCCCUCCCUCCCCAAGCCUCCCGUGUUGUCGUCUACCUAUGAGAAGAUGGAGGGGUGGGUUAAAUCUCCAGCUAGGGUCUCUACCCUGCCUGCCCAAGGAAUAUAUCAGGUACCAGCCUUGGCUGCACAGCUGCUCAGUGAAAGGACCCAAAGCUCAACAAACCAGCACCUGCUUACUCUCCCAAGAGCAUGCCGGGCUUCAGUCCCCAAUAUCAGGAGUGAAGUGUAUGAUGUCCCAUCCACACAGCGCCGGGAGUCCUUAUUCACACAGAGCGGUGCCACUCCGCCCACUGCACGAAAGGGCUCUGUGCCGGUCAGAUCCACCCAGUGUUUCCAGGAAGAGCAGAAGCAGCUUUACAACAUCCCAUCCAGCCCAGAAAAGGCGGGAGCUGUUAUCCAGAAAGACUCACCGGUGGGCAACUUAUAUGAUGUCCCUCCCAAAAGAGAAGCGGAUGUGUCAGAAAACGAAUCUCAGAAAAAGUUCUGGGGCCAUUGCAAUACCUUGCCCAAUCCUCGAAAAUCAGAAUGGAUUUAUGAUAUUCCAGUAUCGCCUGAAAAAACAGGAUUAAAACAAAACCCCCCUGGCCAUUCCUUGGGGAACCAGGUGCUGUACGAUAUACCACCAGCCAGGUACAAGGCACUAACAACAAAUACAGAAGCCAAAGUUGUAAAUCCACAGUUAUAUGAUAUUCCACCAACACAACGGAAAUUAACGUUUCCAGAUGUCCAUCUCUAUGAUGUUCCGUCCUCACGGGACGUGCUCCUUUUGCCACAAAAUGGCAGCUGUGAUGUCCCCGCAAGUCUCCCGGCUCCAAAGGUUGAGAAUCAGACCUCUGAAAAGAAUGUUUAUGAUAUUCCAAAAAGUUUGCCCACCACUUUGCAGUCCAAGAAAGAGAUGGAAAAAGCCAGCGAUAGUUCUAGAGACCAAUCAUACAGUGCUCCUCCACAGCUCUCAAGAGAUGCCAAAUUAGAACAAGACAGAUUAUCUGUUUCUAGUGUGGAUAGCAGAAGCAGCACCCUCUCUACGUCCUCAAACUCUUCUGCUGAGUCUUUUUCUGUGUCAUCAGAAGAGCCUGCCAAAGAAAUUAAACUGGAACUUGACGUAGCCAUAGAGACGCUGACUGGAUUGCAGCACAGCGUAUCCAGUUCGGUUGCGAGUUUAAUGAUCUUUGUGAGCAGUAAAUGGAGAUUACAAGAGCACCUAGAGAAAAGCAUUGACGAAAUCCACAGAGCAGUUGAUCACAUAAAAGUAUCGCUGGGAGAAUUCUUGGCCUUUGCUCAAGUCAUGAAGGUAAAUGCCUCUUACCUCACUGAUAACACCCUUCAGACCAGAAUUAAAAAACAGCUAGAAAUUCUUAUGAACUCAUUCGAAAUCUUAACGGAAACAAGAGAAGCUCUAAACAACUGCAACUGGUCACUAGAGACUUUGGUCCUCAGGAAACCUAAGAACAACCCAGAUGAUCUUGAUCGCUUUGUUAUGGUAGCCCGCACGAUUCCAGAUGAUAUCAAGAGGUUCGUAUCCAUCAUCAUUGCCAAUGGAAAGCUUCUCUUCAGAAAGAAUGAGAAAGAACAAGAGAUUAAGCAAUCAAAAGUGAACCCAGAAUACAAAAUGGCAAAACAAAUCAUAGUGCCAAGAAGAAUAGAAAUAGAUGCACUUCAAAGAAAUACUUCCGAUAAACCUGACCAAAGUCAGGUCUCUUCUGAGAAACCAAAAGAAAAUGCCACCGAGGACUGUGAUUAUGUUCAGUUACAGGUUUUGCCAUCUGCAAAAAAGACCGUAAUUCAAAGCAAGCAGGACUCUGCAAAGAAAAUUGCUCUCUCGGAACACUGCAAGCUGUGUUUUGGUGCACUUCACAAGGCAAUGGGUGUAUUUACUAACAGUCUGAGCAACAACCAGCCGCCCGAAGUCUUCAUAUCCCACAGCAAAUUGAUCAUUAUGGUGGGACAAAAGCUAGUGGAUUCUCUCUGCCAGGAAACUCAAGAAAGAGAUGCUCGGAACAACAUUCUCCACAGCAGCAGCCGGUUUUGCAGUCUCUUGAAGAAUCUGGCUCUCGCCACCAAAAAUGCUGCAAUACAAUAUCCAAACGCAGAGGCCAUGAAGGAGCUUCAGGAUCAAACCAAGGAGCUGUCUAAGUACACGCAGCAGUUUAGAGCAAUGAUGGAAUGA